AUGGCCAUGACAGUAACUGAUCUCAUUGAUCAUACCACUUGCUCAUUGAAACCAGACUUGAUAAUGAUUGAGGACAUGAUGCACUUCAUGCAAGUGGUCUUUACAACUCAGUGGAGCCUCCACCAAAACCAAAUAAUCCAUGAAGGGAAAGAGGCAAGCCCAAUUGAAGCCUUACUAACCUCAAAACAUUUGAUAUGCAGAAAAGGUUCAACUUCAAAUUCUUCCGAAGUCAACGUGGAAUUGCCAACAACUAAUGUUGCUAUUCCAAUUCCGGAAAAUGUGGAUGUUCCAAUUCCGGAAAAUGCGGAUGUUCCAAUCUCUCAAACACAAUUUCAAAGAAUUGACCUUGAUUCUUUGGAUUAUGAUCCCGGAACACGCAAACAAAUAUGGGAAUAUCAUGUUAAUCAACGUGAUGAAAUUCGACGGGCUUACAUUAAAAAAGGUCCGCACCAACCUCCUCUAGAGACAUUCAAAAAAAGUGGAAAGCAGAAUCGUAGCUUUCAAGCUUCUUGGUAUAGAAAUAAUUCAAAAUGGCUUGAAUAUUCUCCUACAACAGAUGCAGCUUAUUGUCUACCCUGCUUUGUCUUUCAUAAUCCAAAUGUGGUUGUGGGACAAAAUACAUUUAUUGUUGGUGGAUUUAGAAAUUGGAAAAAGGUUGGGGGCAAAGAUUGUUCUUUUCAAGUUCAUAUAGGAAAAGAUCCUAACUCAGCUCAUAGAGUUGCUGAGCAAAUGUGUAAGGAUUUGAUGAACCAAUUGCAGCAUUUGCAAAGGGUAGUUGAUCAUUUCACUACUGAACAAAUUGCAAAUAAUCGGUUGCAAUUGAAGGCCACAAUUUUUAUUGUGCGAUAUCUUGCCUUUCAAGCUAUAGCUUUUAGAGGUCGAGAUGAAAGUUUUAGUUCAUUAAAUCGUGGGAACUUUCAUGAAUCAUUGGGUAUUGUGACUUUUUGGAAUGAGAAGGUUGCUGAAAUAAUAGAAAAAGCUCCAAAAAAUGCAACCUACACAUCACCUAGGAUUCAAAAGGAAAUUCUACAUGUUUUCUCAGCCAAAGUGAAGAAGGCCAUUCGGAAAGAAAUUGGUGAUGCAAAGUUUUGCAUAAUGGUUGAUGAAGCUCGUGAUGAGUCCAAGAAAGAGCAAAUGACUGUGGUGUUUAGAUAUGUUGAUGCAGAAGGCUUUGUGAAAGAACGCUUUUUUGGGCUUAUUCAUGUUGUUGACACUGCAACUUUGACUCUAAAGAAGGGGAUAUAUUCUUUGUUAUCUCAAUAUUGCUUAGAUAUACAAAAUAUUCGAGGGCAAGGAUAUGAUGGAGCAAGCAACAUGCGAGGUAUGUGGAAUGGAUUACAAGCUUUGAUUUUGAAUGAUUGCCCAUAUGCUUACUAUAUCCAUUGUUUUGCACAUCGCUUACAAUUGGCAUUAGUAAAAGCAUCAAAACAAGGUGUUCCCAUUAGUCAUUUUUUUCUUACAUUGCUUUUUCUGAUCAAAAUUGUUAGUGCUUCAUGCAAGCGCAAUGAGCAAUUGAAAGUUGCUAAUGCUAAUGAAAUAGCACGUUUGAUUGAUCUUGAAGAGCUUGAGACUGGAAGUGGACUUAAUCAAAUUGGCACUUUACAACGACCUGGAGAAACACGUUGGAGUUCACAUUUUAGAUCAGUUUCUAGCUUAUUAAGGAUGCUUAGUUCAACUGUUGAAGUUUUACAAAAUAUAAUUGAUGGUGCAAUUGAUGGAGAAAAUCGGGCAGAAGGAGAGUCAGCUUAUGAAGAUUCUCAACUACAGGAACUAAAUUAUCGGUUUAAUGAAGAUGCAAUGGAGUUGCUUAGGCUUAGCCCAGCUUUAGAACCUCGAGAGGCAUUAAAAUCUUUCAGAAUUAGUGAUCUUUGUUUGUUGGUAAAGAAUUUCUAUCCACAGGAUUUCACAGAUUAUGACAAACAAGUGUUGGAGAAGGAGCUUUAUCAUUUUGAGCAUAAUGUAGUCCAAGAUCCAGAGUUCAAAAAAUUGAAAAGUUUAUCUGAGUUGUCUCAAUGGAUAUAG